CUCGCGCGAUGAGAUUUCGGUGCCUGUAUCAGCUGUCCGCCGGAAGCCGAGGUGCUGGACCUGUAAACUACUACCCGGGACUGCUGACUGCCAUAUGAAAAGCGGAAGUGUCGGGCGGUAGGCUUGAGAGUUUAUUUAACUCCGGUCCUCGCAGCAGACGGGGCAUCAUCCAAUAGAGAUGGAUCAGAAACUGUCAGAAUUAGUAGAAACUCUUACAACCUCUGGAGAACCACAGCUUAAUCCGCAACAACUCAAAGAGCUGAAAAGAAUCUGCAGGUCUUCGGAUGAACAUAUUAACCACGUGUACCACCUGCUGAUGACCCAGCUAAAUGAGGAGCACGCCGAGAUCCGCCUGUCUGCGCUUCAGAUAGUCAGCGAGCUCUUCACCCGCUCGCAUCUGUUCCGAACGUUGCUGAUCUCAAACUUUCAGGAAUUUUUAGAGCUCACCAUCGAAACUGACCAUGAGCAGCCGCUUCCUCCUCCAAAAGAGGUGGCUCAGAAAAUGAAGAUUUUGGCAAUAAGAACCGUACAGGAAUGGCAUGAGAAAUUUGGGGACGCUUACAAGAAACUCGCCUUGGGCUACAAUUUUCUAAAGCAGAACAAAAAGAUUGACUUUCAGGAUGUGAGAUCUCGAACCCUGGCAGAGAGAAUGAGGGAAGAGGAGAAACAGAAACGUCUAGAAAAUAUUUAUAAAGAGAAAGUCAAGAGGGCGACAUCAGAAAUGGAAGACAUGUUGGAAGAGAUCCAGUCCAGUCUGACAGAGAUGGAGAACUGCUUUAAGCUUUUGCUUCCAGAUCCCAAGGAGUUUUCAGUGUUCACAGAGAUGGACUUUGCCUCAGACAUGAGGACUAAACCCUCUAGCCAAUCACCUGUUAAUGAUAAAUCCAGCAGCCAAUCACCUGCUCAUUCUAUGUCCACCAGCCAAAUGCCUCUUGAUAAUGAUGAUGAGCAGCCAUGUUGUAGCAAGAACCUGCCACCACUCUUGUCCUCCUGUAGUAGUUCAGCCAGUGGAUCUGAGAGAAAUUUUGGGGAAGACACAAAGGAAUCAGAUAAAAGUGCAAGGAAAUCGGACACAGAUGACUCUGAUGGAGAUUAUGAAGAAGGCAGGGAGUCUUUUCUCCGACACCAUGGCCUUGGGUCUCAUGCAUAUUCCCUUAGUCUUGAAAUAUCCACAGAUCUGAAGGUAAAUGAAAAUGAGAAUAACAGAGAUGUAUUAAAUAACCUAAUGGAUGCACAUAAACUGCUGAAAAAUAAGUACUGGCCGGCUGUGCAGUCUUGGAUACAGCUUCUCACCAAGGCCGGGGCCAAUGGCGACAGCCUUAAAUGUGCAAUAGAUCUGAAAAAGGAAAUCGAAUCUGCCAUGAAAAAGUACAAGGAGAUGAACGUUGAGUGCAACAGCAGAGAGCGCAAAGUGAUGACAGCUAGUGAUGAUGAUGAUGAUGAAGAUGAGUUUGAAGAGGUGCCUGAGAAGGAAGGUUACGAGCCUCACAUUCCAGACCACCUUCGGGAAGAGUACGGACUAGAGCCGUCGACUUCUAAACGGCCCAUGAAGAAAACAGAAGUAAAAAAACCUCAAGUUCCUCCACUCAGGAAGAGGAAUGACAACGAGUUGGACCCCACUUGUGCCACUGCCACACUCAAAACCAUAAAAGAAAAAACUGCAAAAGCCUUACCUGAAAGCUCCAGGGAUUCGGGAGAGCCCAACAGUAAGUGCCCCAAACAGGAGACAGACUUAUCCCAAGCACCUGCCGUACCUUUUGGCUUGGAUCUGCAUUACUGGGGCGAGGAACAGCCCACAGCUGGCAAAAUACUUAAGGUCAGGUCUCAGCACCGGUUCUGGGCAUCCAGUGAAGUGGACGAAGAGGUGGAAAGCAAGGAAUUCGAAGCCAUGUUGAAAACUCGUUACAUAACAAUCGCUGGGAAGUUUGAGCCCGUGAAACACAAGUGCUUUGCCCCAAUGCCUAAUGGGAGCCUGUGUGAGAGGCAGGACAGAUACAAGUGCCCAUUCCAUGGGAAGAUCAUUCCACGGGACGCGAUUGGAGUGCCUAUAAAUGCAGAGGAUCGAGCCAGAGAAGCCAAGCAGAAGUUUGAGAUGCAGGCACAGGAACAAGACUGGAGGGACCCGGAGUUGAUGAGAGAGAUCGAGCAGGCUACAGGGGUGGAUCUUGGCUCAUCCAAGUGUCCCGGCAAAGGCAAAGGCGCAAAGAGAAAGUCAAAGAAAAAGUACCCAAACCUGACAGAUCUGAAGCAGAAAGCCAACACUUCCCGAUCACGACUUGAGAAGAGAGUGUUCAACUCAGGAUCAGUGAAACGCGUGAUAAGUGCAAUGAACCGAGCGGAUAAGAGCCGACAUGAGAAGUUUGCAAACCAGUUUAAUUAUGCAUUAAAUUAAAAAAGCAAGACAAACAUAAAGCAUCCCGGCAGCCGCUCCAUGGAACACUACUUUUAAGGACCUUUCAAGAAAAAUUGUUGUACUAUAAGUACAUUUUUCCUAAUGAUAAUUUCUUAACUUAUUUGCAUAAUUUGUUAUGCUCUGUGUGUGUGUGUCUAUCUAGCCUCCAUAAUGUGCUCAGAGCUGGGCUUGGACAAGAAAGGGCCCUAGUCAGUAAAGAAUGUUGGGGCCCUGGAUCAGGGAGAUCCAGAUAAGGGACCACAACUCCAAAUGAGCAGAUCUUUGCCUAACCAGAUGCAACCAAUCAGCCCCUGGAUCAAAUCAGGAGCGACCCAUCCAACAAGGACCAUAUACACAUCUCACUGGGGCAAUCAUUCAACAUCAUUUCUCCAGCCUCCCUCAUCAAUAUCUGACUGUGCCCCUAUGAACUCACCCCAAAACACACAGGAAAGUCAUUGGCUCCCGGUGAAACUGACCAUAAUGUGGGGAAUUAGAUUGUGAGCUCCAAUAGUCCAAGGACUGAUGUGAACCAGCAAUAUUUUGGUGUUUUGUACAUAAACCAUAAAUAUAAAUUCCAUAUCUUUGUGUAUAAAAAAAUAUAUAAUUUUUGU